AGACGCCUUGGGGACAGCAAGAGCAGAGGCUUAAGGAGCUACACUGGGGGAAGGACAGGGGCAAGCAGGCCAAGGCCUGGCUGGGGCUUGGGGGGAGGGAAUAUGGAGCAAUCCCGGUCACAGCAGCGUGGGGGUGAACAAAGCUGGUGGGGUAGUGACCCCCAGUACCAGUAUAUGCCCUUUGAACACUGCACCAGCUACGGACUGCCCUCUGAGAAUGGGGGCCUCCAGCACAGGCUCCGGAAGGAUGCAGGCCCCCGCCACAACGUCCACCCCACACAGAUUUAUGGCCAUCACAAAGAACAAUUCUCAGACAGGGAGCGGGACAUAGGGAUGCCCAGGAAGACAGGCUCCAGUUCUACCGUGGACAGCACGGAUGAGGAUCACUAUUCUAAAUGUCAAGAUUGUAUCCGCCGCCUGGGACAGGUGGUGAGAAGAAAGUUAGGGGAAGACUGGAUCUUUCUGGUGCUUCUGGGACUGCUGAUGGCUCUGGUCAGCUGGAGCAUGGACUACGUCAGUGCCAAAAGCCUUCAGGCCUACAAGUGGUCCUACGCGCAGAUGCGGCCCAGCCUUCCUCUGCAGUUCCUGGUCUGGGUCACCUUCCCACUAGUCCUCAUCCUCUUCAGCGCCCUCUUCUGCCACCUCAUCUCUCCCCAGGCUGUUGGCUCUGGAAUCCCCGAAAUGAAGACAAUACUUCGUGGGGUUGUCCUGAAGGAAUACCUCACGAUGAAAGCCUUUGUGGCCAAGGUUGUCGCCCUGACUGCGGGCUUGGGCAGUGGCAUCCCCGUGGGGAAAGAGGGCCCCUUCGUCCACAUUGCCAGCAUCUGUGCUGCUGUCCUCAGCAAAUUCAUGUCUGUGUUCUGCGGGGUAUAUGAGCAGCCAUACUACUACUCUGAUAUCCUGACGGUGGGCUGUGCUGUGGGAGUCGGCUGUUGUUUUGGGACACCACUUGGAGGAGUGCUAUUUAGCAUCGAGGUCACCUCCACCUACUUUGCUGUUCGGAACUACUGGAGAGGAUUCUUUGCAGCCACGUUCAGCGCCUUCGUGUUUCGAGUACUGGCAGUGUGGAACAAGGAUGCUGUCACCAUCACUGCUCUGUUCAGAACAAAUUUCCGAAUGGAUUUCCCCUUUGACCUGAAGGAACUACCAGCUUUUGCUGCCAUCGGGAUUUGCUGUGGGCUCCUGGGAGCUGUAUUUGUGUAUCUGCAUCGCCAAGUCAUGCUCGGUGUCCGAAAGCACAAGGCCCUCAGCCAGUUUCUUGCUAAGCACCGCCUGCUGUAUCCUGGAAUCGUUACCUUUGUCAUUGCCUCAUUCACCUUCCCACCAGGAAUGGGUCAAUUCAUGGCUGGAGAGUUGAUGCCCCGCGAAGCCAUCAGUACUUUGUUUGACAACAAUACAUGGGUGAAACACGCGGGUGAUCCUGAGAGCCUGGGCCAGUCAGCUGUGUGGAUUCACCCCCGGGUCAACGUUGUCAUCAUCAUCUUUCUCUUCUUCGUCAUGAAGUUCUGGAUGUCCAUCGUGGCCACCACUAUGCCCAUACCCUGCGGAGGCUUCAUGCCUGUGUUUGUGCUAGGAGCUGCAUUUGGAAGGCUGGUAGGAGAGAUCAUGGCGAUGCUCUUUCCUGAUGGUAUUUUGUUUGAUGACAUCAUCUACAAGAUCCUACCUGGGGGCUAUGCAGUAAUUGGAGCAGCAGCGCUGACUGGUGCCGUGUCCCACACAGUCUCCACAGCUGUGAUUUGCUUCGAAUUAACGGGUCAGAUUGCUCACAUCCUGCCCAUGAUGGUGGCUGUUAUCUUGGCCAACAUGGUGGCCCAGAGCCUGCAGCCCUCUCUCUAUGACAGCAUCAUCCAGGUCAAGAAGCUACCCUACUUGCCUGACCUUGGCUGGAACCAGCUCAGCAAAUAUACCAUCUUUGUUGAGGACAUCAUGGUACGUGAUGUGAAGUUUGUUUCAGCUUCUGACACAUAUGGGGAGUUGCGAACCCUGCUCCAGACCACCACAGUCAAGACUUUACCACUGGUUGACUCAAAAGAUUCAAUGAUCCUGCUGGGCUCGGUGGAGCGGUCGGAACUGCAGGCCCUCCUGCAGCGCCACCUGUGUCCUGAGCGCAGGCUGCGCGCAGCCCAAGAGAUGGCGCGGAAGUUGUCGGAGCUGCCUUACGACGGGAAGGCGCGGCUGGCUGGGGAGGGGCUCCCCGGCGCGCCUCCAGGCCGGCCCGAGUCCUUCGCCUUUGUGGAUGAGGAUGAGGACGAAGACCUCUCUGGCAAGAGCGAGCUUCCUCCUUCCCUUCCUCUCCAACCCUCUACUACUGCUCCUCUGUCCCCAGAAGAGCCCAAUGGGCCUCUGCCUGGCCACAAACAGCAGCCGGAAGCACCAGAGCCUGCAGGUCAAAGACCCUCCAUCUUCCAGUCCCUGCUUCACUGCUUGCUGGGCAGAGCUCGCCCCACAAAGAAGAAAACAACCCAGGAUUCCACAGAUUUAGUGGAUAACAUGUCACCUGAAGAGAUUGAGGCCUGGGAGCAGGAGCAGCUGAGCCAGCCUGUCUGUUUUGAUUCCUGCUGUAUUGACCAGUCUCCCUUCCAGCUGGUGGAGCAGACAACCCUGCACAAGACUCAUACCCUGUUUUCACUCCUUGGCCUCCACCUUGCUUACGUGACCAGCAUGGGGAAGCUCAGGGGCGUCCUGGCCCUGGAGGAGCUACAGAAGGCCAUUGAGGGGCACACCAAGUCUGGGGUGCAGCUCCGCCCUCCCCUUGCCAGCUUCCGGAACACGACUUCAACUCGAAAGAGUACCGGGGCACCUCCAUCUUCUGCAGAGAACUGGAACCUGCCUGAGGACAGGCCUGGGGCCACUGGAACAGGAGAUGUGAUUGCUGCCUCCCCAGAGACCCCUGUGCCAUCUCCUUCCCCAGAGCCCCCUCUCUCCCUGGCCCCAGGCAAGGUAGAGGGCGAGUUGGAGGAGCUGGAGCUGGUGGAGAGUCCAGGGCUGGAAGAGGAGCUGGCUGACAUCUUGCAGGGCCCCAGCCUGCGAUCCACAGACGAGGAGGAUGAGGAUGAACUGAUCCUUUGACCCCCUCCCACGACCUCCUCAUAAAGACCAUGGAGAGGCCCA